AUGUCAUCUCAGAGGAAUUACUGUCUUGCAGGAUGCUUAUCCUCAUGCGUUUUGAUCAUUCUAAUGUCCUUUUCUGAUGCUGCAUCCUUUCAAUAUUACCAAGUGCCACAACAGGACCAAGAAUACAGAAUGAGGUCUUUGCAAAGGUUGCCAAGCCCUGAUAUGCUGAAGGCACUGGAGUACAUUGAGAACCUCAGGAAGCAAGCAAGCAGAACUGAGAACCUCCCUGACUAUACCUCUUACCAAGGGGCACCCUUCCUCUCAGAGCAGAAGGACACCCAAGCCCUUUCAACAGACACUGCCAAAUCUCCAACCACAGAUGAUGAGUCUGAGUGGAUGAGAGCAAUGUUGGAAGCCUUGAUGCAAGCUGAAAAAGAGGCAAAGGUUUCACCACAAGAGAAAAAUAAUCUAUAUAUGGACAAGAACAUACCACCUGAGUUAAUUGAAGACUAUGACUCAAACAAAUGGUCUGAGAAGAGACCUAAAACUGGAAAGCUUUCUUCAAGGUUAUAUGAUGACUACUCUCGGGACAAUCCUCUGAAACGCACCAAUGAAAUUGUGGAAGGGCAGUAUACUCCUCAGAGCCUAGCCACUUUACAGUCUGUCUUCCAGGAACUGGGGAAAUUAAAAGGUCAAGCAAACACUAAAAGAGAUAGAAUGGAGGAAGACCAAAAACUUUACAAGGAUGAUGAAGACGAUUUGUAUAAAGCCAACAACAUUGCUUAUGAGGAUGUAGCUGGUGGGGAAGAUUGGAAUCCUAUUGAAGAAAAAGUUGAAAGUCAAACUCAAGAAGAGUUAAAGGAGAGUAAAGAGGAGGUUGAGAAGACAGAUGAUAUGGAGGAAGAAAUUAAGAGAUCUGGGUUGUUGGGGUUGCAGGAUGAAGAGCCUGAAAAGGAAACUAAAGAGCAAGAAAGUGAAAAUCUAUCAAAUCUGAUGAACACAUAUUUAAAGAUGUGGAUGAACAGGAUGGAUAAAGGUAAGCAGAACCCUGAUAGGCGCUCAUUAAAAUUUUCAGGAAAAGAAAUUGACCCUGAAGCUAUUUAUCAGUUGAUUGAUAUAUCCAGAAACUUACAAAUCCCCCCUGAGGAUCUUAUUGAUAUACUGCGUGAUGAAGAUGGCAGGAAGUUUGGUGGAAGAUUAGAACCUGAAAAAGAAGUUGAUGUUCCUGAAGACCUGGAUGAAAUAACAGAGAUCACUGAUAAAACGAAUGUCUAUAAAAACAAGCAAGGCUUUGUAAGGCAACCUAUAUCUCCUGUUCUGCCUAAUGUCCCUGAAGGCCUUACAGUUGAAGAUAUGGUGAAUCUUAUAGGAGCUGAUAAGUUACAAAAUCGAUUUAAACAAAAUGGAUUGCAAAGACCCUACCCUAUGCUUGGCAAAUCCAAGGGACACAAAGCUAUUUGGCCCAAAGAUUCUGAAAAGAGGCAAAUGGAGUAUGAACCAAGGCCUGAAAAGGAGGAGGAACUAGCAGAUUAUGUUGUAAAGAUGCUAGCUAAAUACCCAGAGCUUUUAGGUAACAAUCAAAACAAAAAAAUGCCUAUUCCUUAUUCUCCAGGUGAUCUUCAGGAGCUAGAAAAGCAAUAUGAGAAUGCUUUGAGAGGAUAUGUGAAUAUGCGUGGUUAUCAGGAUUUAGAGACAGUUUCCAGUAGUAACAGAAGGCUGCCGACCAGGGAUAAUGAUGACACACAGAACAAGCAGUAUAUAGAUGAGGACUUGCUUAUGAAGGUCUUGGAAUAUCUGAAUCAAGAGAAAGCAGAAAAAGCAAGAGAUCACAGUGUUAAAAGAUCUAUGGAAAAUAUGUAA